AGAAGAAAAAGGAGCUGAGGAUCAGCUGGAGGCUGCAAAAGAGAAGGGAAAAAGACCUGGAGUUGAGCAGCAUGAAUGGGGAGCAUAUAGAAGUUUCAAGCUUCUGCCCUCCGGCACAUUCUUGUAAUGAUUGGAUCGGCCCUCCUGACAGAUAUUCAAACCUCCGGCCAAUAAUAUUUUAUGUUCCUAAAAACGAAUCAUCGCUGGAACAAAGACUUAGGGAAUUUAGACAAGAAACUCAAAUGUGGAAUCAACAAUUCUGGGCAAACCAGAAUGUGUCAUUCCAGCAGGGAAAAGAAGAAUUCAUUUAUUCAAGACUGAAAGCUAAAGGUCUGCAAACAAGAGAUGAAACAGGUCGCAAAAUAACACUGAAUGCAGAAGAAAUGGCUGACUUUUACAAGGAGUUUUUAAGUAAAAAUUUUAAAAAGCAUAUGUGUUAUAACAGAGAUUGGUAUAAACGUAAUUUUACUAUCACGUUCCUCAUGGGACAAGUGGCACUUGAAAGAGCUUUGAGGAGGCUUGUAUGGAAAGAGACAAACAAUGGAAAUUAAAGCUCACCACCCUAUGGAAAAUACAACAAUAUAGUGAAGCCUGUCCACAUGCUGUCUGCUGUCAACAUUCAAAAUCUAAACUGCUAAUACAGUCAUUACCAAGAUUUAUGUUUAUCUUAAAUAUUAGGCCACAUAAAUGAGAAUUAUUCUUGCUCUUGAAUUUAUAGCUAUUGUUCACAUGUAUAUUCCCAUUUCAUAUCCCCAAAUCUGGCCAACAAAUAACUAUAUUGGCUACUUACCAGUGCAUUUUAGAUGCACUUGGUUAACUAUUUUCUCAUACUAGUUAAUGUAGAGGUAUGUUUGAAUGAAGAGAUCAGUGCAAUUUGUGAUUAUACAUUGAAUCAGCCCAUCUUAGAAUGAUCGAAAUACUGCUUUUCUUCUUUUUAAGUAAGCCUUGAUUUAAUACUCCCAUAAAUGACCAAAACAAUAGUCUUCUAAAUCUCAUUUUUGUCUUUAACAGAGUAAAAUGCAUCAAGUAAGCAAUUUGUCCCUGUUGUCAGAACUCAUUUACCAGCCAUGAG